AUGGUCUACAUUGAACACGAAGGAGUUCUACCGGUCCCCUUCAACCUGUUGCCAUCGCAUGAGGCCCUCUCUACACUUUACAACCGACUCCGAGGCAACCGGUCCCCUCGACGUCCUUUCGACAAGGUCUCGAAUCCCUGCGGCUUGACUUUGUCCCGGCCGGUGGGACGAACGACCAGCGCCUGCGGCCGAAAAGGGGACAAAGGCAGGCGCAGGGCUGGGGAAAAUCAGGUGAAGCUGAAGCAACUGGUCGGUCCUGAGGCUUGGGGCAAGUUGGCCAGAAAAGGCGAUUGGCAACAGCAGGACCAACCGCCUGUCGGAACUAUGGGACCACGUACCAUUUCGGCCGACUGCGACCAGCGCAACCAUUCCAGCGCGGGACAACGAGCCGACAGUUGGGCCUCCAUUCAACUCGAUGACUACGACAGCGAGAGACAACGGCGAAAGGCCUCGGUAAGAAAGAUGAGUGGAAAAAGGAGUAAGGCAUAA